CUCUCCUCCUCUUCCAGCAACAACUUACCGCCACCGCUUCUACUUUCUACACCUCGUCCCGCCAUCACCACCAGCACCACCUUUACCACUGCUACCACCUCCUCCGCCAAUAUAAUUUAGAUCAAUCAAAAUUAUAAUUUGAAGAAUUCAUGUUCAAAACCAAUUUUGCUGGUAAAUGAAUCGAAAGUUCAAUUGAAUAAACCCUAGAAACUGUUUUCAAUUUUAUUUUUUUGUAGAAAUCAGAAGCAUCCUUAGCUACUUUUUGUUACUGUUUAACACUAAGAACGUAGUUCAAUUGAAUAAUUGUUUCGUCAUUUUAAGGUUUAGGGUUCAAAUAACAUUAAUUAGUCAAGUUAUAAUCUCUCCUAAAUUUUCAUUUUGUUUACACUGAACAAUAAAAUGGAAGAAGACAUAGAUUUGAAUAAGAGGGCGGAGGAGGAAGUUGAUAGGAUCAGCAAUUUACCCGACCCACUUAUACAUCAUAUCCUCUCCUUUCUUAAAAUCAAGCAUGUUGCUCAAACUAGCGUGUUAUCCAAAAAAUGGAGCUACAUUUGGAUGACCAACCCAAUCCUUGAUUUUCAAGAGCCCGGAUGUUUCGAACCCACUGAUUCGAAGAUCAAUGAGUUCAUGGAUUUCGUAGAUGGAACAUUGCAACGUCGGUGUAGUGGGGAAAAUAUACAAAGGUUUGCUAUCACCUGGUAUAAACAUUUGAAUGUUAAUCGAGUCAAUUCAUGGACCACAUGGGCUGUAAGGCAUAACGUUCAACAACUCAGUCUGUAUUUGAUUCAGAAAGAACCGCUGCUUAUUACCCGUUCUCUUUUUACCUGUGAAUCACUGAUUUCUUUGAAGCUUCAAAUAUCCCCUGAUGUCCGCUUACCUAAUUAUUAUAUCUUUUCCAAAACUCAAGUCCCUUGAAACUGAAGGUGUCGAGUUUAGCAAUGAAUACUGGAAUGAGAAGCUCUUUUCCAAUUGCCCAGUCCUUGAAGAUUUCAGAAUUGAACAUUGCACUUGGUUCGGUAUGCCAAAUUUCUGUAUUUCAACACCUGCACUGAAACAUUUAAAGAUUGAUAAUUGGGACGACGGAUUACGAGGCUGUACUCUCAAAGUUCAUGCACCAAACCUGGAGACUUUGUAUUACAAUGGUAGUGUUGCCAAGGAGUAUGUUCUGACAGCCUUUCCUUUACUAGUUAGAGCAGCAGUCCAAUUUCGCUUUAAACCAUAUGUUGCAACAAGGAAGCAAAGGAUUAGUCAUGGUGCAGCAAUAAGUCAGUUUCUUCGAGCCCUUGCAAAUAUAAAACACCUAUUUGUUUCUGAUGGUACCCUACAGGCUAUCUCCUUCGCAGUCGAUCUAUUAGAAAAGUUGCCUACAUUACGUAACACCAAGGAGUUGAUCAUGUUUGAGGAAGUAACCGCUCAUAAAACACUAAUUGCUUUGCUCAAAGCAACACCUAAUCUGAAGUUACUUGUAUUUAACAAGACGGAGCCUCCAAUCAGUGAUGAUGAAGAAGAAGAUUAUGUUGUAGACGAUGACGCCGAUGCUGCCGAGGGUGAAGAUAACCAUGGCAGUGAAGAUGAUGUUGCAGGCAGCGAUGCUGAUGCUGCUGAGGGUGAAGAUGAUGAUUGGACACGUGAUGUGGGGGCUGAUUCUGGUAGCUUAUUUCCACAUCUUAAAUCGGUCUACUUUAAGGAGUUUAUUGGGAACCCAAUGGAGAUGGAAUGGAUGAAACUAAUUUUGAUGAAUGCCAAAGCUUUGAGAACAAUGUCAAUUUCCAGUUGUGCUCACUCUUACCUUUUAAACACGAAGAAAAAAGAAGAACUCAUGGCGCACAUAUCAAGUCUUCCGAGAGCCUCAACAAGUUGCGUGGUUGAAUUUCCCUCUUGGUAAAAAUGCAGAAGAAUUCAAGUCUUCCGCAACUCAACGCUGCUUUUCUUCUGCGUUAUAUUACUAUUCUAAUUUCUUUGACACCCCAGCCUUUGAAUGAUCUAUUCUAGAUAGGUUUAAAAUCUGCAUAU